ACUAUAGUGUCACAGGUCACCAGUGUGUGUUUGUAGCAGUUACCUUACGUCCAUAGCGGCGUUACCAUCAGUUGGACCAUAGAUUCUCAAAAUGGAAACAGAUUAUGCGGAACAAACCUCACAAUAGAAAGCAAGUUCCUGCACUCCAGUCCCGAUCCCCGUCACAGCGAGGAUGUUCCCCAGCCUGGCCCACAGACCAUGGCAUGUCAUCUGCAGGAUCUCCUUGCAGCACAGGGCCCCCCUGUCACAACGGUCCCCGAGGUUCACCCAGCUGUGCUAUGGUUGGCAAAGUGGAGGCAUACACAACUUUUGGUUCAGCCUCCCAGACUGCCGUGUUGCUUCUUUAGGACUUAGCAAGGUGCACUACUACUCUACCUCUGGCGACAGUAAAGAUGGCCCCCCAAAAUCAGCACCAGGUGAUGCUCCAUCAGCAGAGAAAGUCCUGUCUGCUGCUGCUAAAGCUACGGCAGCAUCACCAGCAGCAGAAAAUGCUACUGAUUCAACACCUCAGGGGCUGACGAAAGCAGAGACAAUUCAAGUGAAAGUUCGGGCAGUCCUAAAAAAAAGGGAAUAUGGAGCCAAGUACACAAAGAACAACUUUAUCACAGCAGUCAGAGCCAUGAAUGAAUUCUGCCUGAAACCAAGUGAUCUGGAACAGCUUCGAAAGAUCAGAAGACGCAGCCCUCACGACGACACAGAGGCGUUCACUGUCUUUUUGCGGUCAGAUGUGGAGGCCAAAGCACUGGAGGUAUGGGGGAGCCAUGAAGCUCUGGCCCGAGAGAGAAAUCUAAGGAAAGAGGUGGAGAGAGAGUACCAAGAGAAUAUUUUUCGGAAUCAGCAGUUGUUGAAGGAAUACAAAGACUUUUGGGGAAACACGAAGCCUCGAUCAGGCAAGAGGGCAACUUUCCUACAAGGGCCAGGGAAGGUGGUCAUGGUCGCUAUCUGCAUCAAUGGGCUGAACUUCUUCUUCAAGCUCCUGGCUUGGGUCUACACUGGAUCAGCUAGCAUGUUCUCAGAGGCCAUCCACUCUCUGGCUGACACCUGCAACCAGGCUCUGCUUGCCCUGGGAAUCAGCCAGUCUGUCCGCAACCCUGAUCCCGGGCACCCGUACGGUUUUUCCAACAUGCGCUACAUUGCCUCCCUCAUCAGUGGGGUGGGCAUUUUUAUGAUGGGGGCAGGGCUCUCUUGGUACCAUGGCAUCAUGGGAUUGCUGCACCCAGAGCCCAUUGAAUCUUUAUUAUGGGCGUACUGUAUUUUGGCGGGCUCUCUGGUGUCUGAAGGAGCCACGUUACUAGUAGCCAUCAAUGAGAUAAAGAGGAGCGCCCAAAUGAAUGGACUGUCUUUUUAUGAAUAUGUAAUGCAGAGUCGAGACCCCAGUACUAAUGUGGUGCUGCUGGAGGACGCUGCAGCAGUGUUAGGAGUCAUCAUGGCUGCUGGCUGCAUGGGACUCACCUCACUCACAGGUAACCCAUACUAUGACAGUUUGGGCUCUCUGGGCGUGGGUACGUUGCUGGGCACAGUCUCAGCCUUCCUCAUCUACACUAACACAGAGGCUCUGCUGGGUCGCUCCAUACAGGCUGAACGUGUACAGAAGCUUACAGAGUUCCUGGAGAACGACCCCGCAGUAAGAGCCAUCCAUGAUGUGAAGGCCACUGAUUUGGGACUGAGUAAAGUGCGCUUCAAGGCUGAAGUUGACUUUGAUGGUCGAGUGGUGACGCGGUCUUAUCUGGAAAAACAAGACAUUGACCAAAUCCUCAAUGACAUUCAGCAGGUGAAGACCCCCGAAGAGCUGGAGAAUUUCAUGCUGAAACAUGGGGAGAACAUCAUUGACACCCUGGGGGCCGAGGUGGACCGCUUGGAGAAAGAGCUCAAGCAACGAAACCCAGAGGUUCGUCACGUAGACCUGGAGAUACUAUAAUACCCAGCAGGUCUCUGCUGAGGGAGCAUCCUGCUGUACCAAGAAGAGGAAAUGAUGAAAGGAGGGCCAAGCCCGCCUCCGCUUUCUGCCUCCAACCCCGACCUCCACAAAACAAACCUCCGUCUCUGCACAACUCAUCAAGUCUUACUGUAGAAUAGUCCACAACCAUACUGGAGGUCUCGGCAUUUAUCGUGCUUUCUUUGCGUUGCUUGAACUCCAGUUAGCCGUGAAUCCAACCUGCCAGAGAUCCAGCGUUUCCUGCUGAAGACUAAGAACUGUCAUUAGUCACCUUAAGUUUUAAGAGAAAUGCAAGUCUCUGUUGCAGUUCAUACACAUCUAUAGUCCAGUUUAGUCUUCUGGUCGUUUGCUUGAGCUCACAUUCCUGCAUGAAUGUGUUUGGAUUCGGUUCAGAAACAAACAGAAAUGGACCAUUACCAUUUACUAGACUUUAAUGUAAUGCUCGAACCACAGUGAUAGUGUUUCCUUCAUUAGGACGAAGGAAACCUGAGAGGUACAUAUUCAACCUAAAUUUAUUUAACUUCUAGACAAUAUUAGAUGUUUUUUUUUUUUUCUUUUAAUGUAAAAACUGAGGAACUGACGAUGGUGCGAUCCUGCUGCAGGUUCUCAAAUGAAGACGGUUUGUGAUAUAGAUUUUAAUGCUAUUACAGAGGAAGAAAUACAAAUUAAAACGUAUUAUUGAGACAUUUCGCUGCAUUGUAUGUUAGAGUUGAAGAGUGAACUAAGGUUGAAAACAGUAGCACUUGAGCUUAUGCAAAUCAUGAAUACUAGAAAACAGGGUGUUAGAGGACAAGUUGAAAGUCUAAGAAGACAGACAUGUUGAUCUUUACAAUCCCAAAUGACAUUGUAGGUAGCAGCAUCCCUCUCUUUCAUUUCUCUCUUGACCAGCUUCACACUCCAAACUUUGAUGCUCUCCAAAUUUAGUAACUUUGUCUCGUUAAGUUUGGCAGCUGAUCAGCAGGUGACUGAUUGUACUGACCCAAAGAUGAAGUACUGAAGGGAUGCAGCUUCCCUACUGUAAAUAAGCAGUCCAUGGCGACAAAAAGUACCAAACGAACGGACCAGCCCCAUCUCUAAAAGUUGUUGUUUUUUUUUUUUCUUUAAUCAUCCGGGACGUCACCCUGUAUAGUACAUGUAUCAAAUAAUCAAGUGCAUAAUCUCCAACUUUGGUGUUUCUGCUGAAUAAUCUGUGUGAAACAUACAGCGACUGUGCUUUUUGGCUUUUCAUUCUGCUUCUUACUUCAGUCAGUCACAGCAGCAGCACCGGACACACCUGCCUCACUCUGCUUCAGGAGGUGGGCCCGAGGCAUUUCAUCUCUGCUGGGAGGGUGCAUAUAUAUUUUUUUGAAGGUGUUAAUAGUGUAAAAUUUUCCUGUUGGUUGUAAUGAUGUUGCCGUUGCUGAAGGAGUUGGAAUAAAUUUGAAAUAAUUUAUUAAAUUA